AUGGAAAUUAAAUUAUCAUACAAAAGCGUGGAGGCGCACUUCUUAAAUUUGCGUUUGGCUGGCUAUUAUCAAAUUGAUUUGCGGUCGGGGACGAUCUAUAGAUCAUUACAUAGGUUUUACAUGGGUUUUGUGCUUUCGUUGAUAUUAGUUUAUACGAUGCAGCAGGCUUUGAAGGUUUAUGAGGUCAGGGAGAAUCUAGGGGAUGUGAUGGGGACAAUGUUCUUAUUUUUAACUCACACUGAUGCUAUUUACAAACAAAUUCUAUUAUGGGCUCUACAAAAUGACAUCGAAGAUCUUCUAGACACCAUGAAAGGUCCUUCAUAUAAUCAAGGGAAAAAGGAGCAUAAUUAUUACUUACUAAAAACGAUCCGUUUUGCAAAAUUACUGCUAUUCUCCAACAAUGCGUUGGCCGUCGCCACCACCUUUUUAUGGUUUGUCUAUCCGAUUUACUUACAUAGAAAGGGAAUCCAAUUGGAUUUCACGAUUUGGCUGCCUUUCGAUGAAAACCAGGACCCAUAUUUCUAUAUAACCUCAAUUUAUUCUUGGAUUACUACAACCUGGCUUGCAAUUGCUAACACAACAAUGGAUGCCAUGAUAUCUACGCUUUUGGCACAAGUUAAGACUCAACUACAUAUACUGGGUUACAAUCUUACUACCAUCGUUAAUGAAUGUAAGGAAGACCAUGACAGUAGAUCAGAAAAUUUCUCAUCAGUACUGCAUCAGCGUUUUAAAAAUAUACUCAGGCACCAUGAGGAAAUCAUAAGGUUCACAAAAAAUAUUGAAAAUAUCUUCGGUAACGUUUUAGCGUAUCAGUUCUUGAUUGGCGGCUGGAUUAUUUGUACAUCGGUUUAUCGAUUUGUUGACAUAGAAAUUGCAUCUAUGGAGGGAUUUCCAAUGGUGACCUAUAUAAUAUGUAUGCUAUUUGAAUUAUUCAUUUUUUGUUAUUUUGGAAGUGAAGUUACUCAAGCGAGUAUACAACUCACAAACGAUGCAUACUCUAUGAAUUGGUUUGACAUACCAGUUAAAAAUCGUAAAGAAUUAAUUAUAUUUAUGGAGAGAAUUAAUCGGCCCAUACGCGUAAUGGUCGGACGUAUUGUACCCCUCUCAAACGAUACUUUUGUUUCGAUCGUGAAGAGUUCAUACAGCUUCUAUGCUCUGUUGAGAAGCACAACUGAAUAGCUUUUAUCCCUAACACAUCGAAGUUAUAAACUAUUAUUAAGAUUUUCAACUAGUGUGGGAGGUCACAUUAAACAGAUUUAUGUUUAUUUUUCAAGUUCACUAUAAUAAAAUAAUUUCCAACUAGACUAUGAUAAUGUAUAAAACAUGCAGUACAUGAUCUCCUGUUUCUGCACUCAAACCUACACCCGGCUUGCAAACCCCACAAUCGUUAAGUUAUAGAAGUUUUAUUUAUUGAUGUGCUCGUAAUAUUUUGUACCUGUUUAAACAUUACAUUUAUCUAAUACAGAGAAAUUUGUAAAGAUAAAUUUCUACUAUAUUUCUCUAAGCGGCAGUAACUACUUUGAUACGACGCCAUCUAUAGAUCAACGAAGUAUUUUGUUAGAAUUAAAGCCUUAGUGUGAAAUAAUUCUGCUGAAGAAAAUAAAGCUGUUGAUUUGCACCAAGCAGAU